CAUCUCGUCGCAGGAGCACUACUGGGCGCUGUGCGGCCUCGUCCUCUCGCUCGCCUUCUUCUGCGGCUACCUCGUGCUCAUGGUGCGGCAGGGGCAGAACGAGUCCAAGACGGAGGCGCUGGUGGACCGCGCGAUAGUCAAGGCGCUGACCGGCGGCAAGGCGGGCGCGCGCGGACUCACGCUGCCCGGCCUUCUGGCGCCGAUCCUCGAGAAUGUGAAGGACAACAUGCGGCAGGCGAGCCUCGCGCGGCUGCCUCUCGGCUGCCUCUCGGCUGCCUCUCGGCUCCCUCUCGGCUCCCUCUCGGCUGCCUCUCGGCUCCCUCGCGGCUGCCUCUCGGCUGCCUCUCGGCUGCCUCUCGGCUGCCUCUCGGCUGCCUCUCGGCUGCCUCUCGGCUACCGCUCGGCUGCCUCUCGGCUGCCUCUCGGCUGCCUCUCGGCUGCCUCUCGGCUGCCUCUCGGCUGCCUCUCGGCUGCCUCUCGGCUGCCUCUCGGCUGCCUCUCGGCUGCCUCUCGGCUGCCUCUCGGCUGCCUCUCGGCUGCCUCUCGGCUGUCUCUCGGCUGUCUCUCGGCUGCCUCUCGGCUGCCUCUAAGAAUCGUCGCAGUAACAAUGCGGAUGAGGGGGAGCGGGCAGGCCAGCCUCGCGCGGCAGGACGAGUCGAGCCGCGGCCUCUCGGAGAUGCUGCUCGAGGAGGACCGGCACCGCCUCCGCCGCCUCUUCGACCCCUUCUUCCACAAGUACGACCGCGACGGCAACGGCACCCUCUCGCCUCUCGAGCUCUCCCACCUGCUCGCCGACUUGGGCGAGCAAGUGAGCGCAAAGCAGGCAAGCGAGUGGAUGCGGCGGCUCGACCUAAAAUGA